UGAAAUGUCAAAAACCCCAAAGCGUCGAAACAGAACGCCGCCGCCAGUCAGGAAAGGUACGGCGGAAUGUCGAAGUUCGUCCGUCGCAUUUUUGGCGGAGCCCUAACAACUCCCCCUUUCCUCCUUCCGUCUUCUCGAGGAAGAUUCUUCUCCUCCAUUGAAGCUGAUGGCCUCAGAAGAGGAACGGAGAAGGCCGCCGCCGCCGAAGGCGGUGGCUCAGGAGGAGGUGCGAAUGAGGUAGCGGAGAAGCUGUUGAUCAAGCUACGCUACCAGAUCCAGCAGAAGGAUGUCCGAUCCCAUUCCUCCCUCUCCCUCGCUCAAACCCUCAUCCGCUGUCACAAAGCCCUCUUCCCCACCCCCUCCCACCUCUUACGAUCCCUCAUCGGCGCAUCCCCUAAUCGUCACACACACUUCCCCCAAUCCGCCUGCAACUUUCUCGUCUUCGCGUACGCCUCGCUUAACCUGCCCGACGACGCCCUUCAUCUGUUCUCUCUGGUUGAACGAGAAGGCCCGAACCUUUUCCCUUCUCUUUCGGCUUGCAAUUUCCUGCUCGAGACACUUGUCUCCCAGAAGAGGUACUCCGACGCCUUGUCCUUAUUCUACCGGGUGGUCGCCUCCCCAGUCCGCCCAGACACCUUCACCUACAACAAGGCCAUCCAGUCAGCUGUCAAAUUUGGAGAUCUUGGCCGAGCCACCGAAUUAUUCCAGUGCAUGGAGCACAAGGAUGGGUUAGUGCCAGAUUUUUUCACCUUUAAUUGUCUUAUUUCUUGUUGCUGGAAGGAAGGGCGCUCGGAUGACGCUCAGAAGUGGUAUGAAGAAAUGACGAAGAGGGGAAUUGCACCUACCCUCGUCACUUAUAAUACGAUGAUUGAUGGGUACUGCAAAGUCGGGAACUUGGAUGCUGGUUUUCGAAUUCGGGAUCAGAUGUUGGCUUCCAAGCUGAAGCCAAACCUCAUUACAUAUAAUACUCUGCUUUCUGGGCUUUGUCGUGCCUGCCGGAUGGAUGAUGCAAAUGCCUUGUUGGAUGAGAUGAGAAAAGCAGGUCUAACACCUGAUGGGUUCACAUAUAGUGUUCUCUUUGAUGGUCACUCAAGAUUUGGCGACCUCGACGUUUUCUUUGAGGAAUUAGUUAGAGCUGGCGUCCCAAUUGGAGGGCACACUUGCAGUAUACUGCUGAAUGGACUUUGUAAGGAUGGGAAAGUUGCCAAAGCUGAGGAGGUCUUGCAAAGGCUGGUAGAGGAAGGAUUAGCUCCAACCAAUGUGAUCUAUAAUACAAUUGUUGAUGGCUAUUGUCGGAUAGGUGAUAUAGACGGAGCCUUUGAAGCAGUGAGACGAAUGGAGUCACUUGGAUUGAAAGCCGAAAAUAUUACGUACAAUACACUGAUAAAUGGUCUAUGCAAAUUGCAGAGGAUGGAAGAGGCAGAGGGUCUUAUCAAGGAGAUGAUAGAGAAGAGCGUUUCACCCUGUGUAGCAACAUAUAACACUCUCAUUGAUGCUUAUGGGCGAGCUGGUAAUUUUGAGAGGUGCUUCGAUAUUGUCAAUGUGAUGCAGAAUGAUAUGGGAAUGAAACUAAAUGCUGUGACGUAUGGAUCACUGAUCAAUGUAUUUUGCAAGAACAACAAGCUUGUUGAAGCAGAGGCUCUUUUUCUAGAUAUGUCGUUAAGAGAUAUUCAACCUAGUCUGAAGAUAUACAAUAUUCUAAUUGAUGCAUAUUGUAAACAGGGUCAGUUGCAAAAGGCUUUCGAAACGGUAGAGGAGAUCAAGAGUACCGGUUUAUCGCCUAGCAUUGUUACCUAUAAUAUUAUCAUAAAAGGUCUAUGUGGAAGUGGAAAGAUAACAGAAGCUCAAGACCUGGCCCUUAGUUUGAAAGAUAAAGGCCUUAGCCCUGAUGCAAUUACAUAUUAUACUCUCAUAUCUGCCUAUUGCGAUACAAGCUCUGCAGAGAAAGCCAUUGAGCUUUACCGACAGUUGGAGAAAUUAGGCCUCAGACCAACCUUAUCAACUUACUACGCUUUGAUUACUCAGAUGAGUAUAGAAGGAAGGAUGCAAGAUGCUGAAACUUUAUUUGAAGAAAUGUUGCAGAAGAAAUUGCUUCCUGACAAGGGUAUUUGUAGUGCAAUGAUAUCUGGUUAUCGUAAUUUUGGAAGUCCGGAGAAGCUACUGAUCCUACAGAAAAGGAUGGAAGAGAUGGGAAUUUCAUCUGAUUUGCAGAAACUGAGUGACAUAGAGGUUGCAGAGGCACAGAUUUGAAAGCUUGUGGCAGUUUCUUCCUUAUCUGCCCCAUUUCUUAGAACUGGCUGCUCUCAUUUAUAGUUCUGUUUUGACCAUGAAGUAAUCCAAUAUGUUCAUGCACAUUGUACACUAUAUUUUACACCUUUAUUCUAGAUUUUCAUCUGUAGUUUUUGUGGCAUC